UCAACUAUUCGGAGAAUAUUUGAUAUGGCCAAGCAUCGAACCAAGAGAUCCUCUUUUAUCCCAACUGGAGUGAAGGUUUGCCCUCAAGAAUCAGUGAAGCAAAUUUUAGCAAGCCACCAAGCUUAUUAUCGCCUAAGAGUUUGCCAAGAAGCCGUCUGGGAGGCUUUCCAGAUCUUUUUGGAUCGGAUUCCAGGUACAACCGAAUAUCAGAACUGGGUGACAGCUUGUCAGAGAGAAACAUUCUGUAUAUUUGACAUUGGGAAAAAUUUCAGUAAUUCCCAAGAACAUCUGGAGAUAAUUCAAAGGCGAGUAAAGCAUAGGACAUUCCAGGAUAGAAAAGAGGAUAUUUCUGCAGAAAAAGCCAGUGGCAAAAAAGUUGAAGAACCUCCUUCUGUUGUUACAGUAAUCUCCACAGGUACCCUUGUGAAUGAGAUUGUCAAUGACAGCAAAACAUCAGUGAAGCUAAAGCCAGAAGUUCCAAAUGCCAUUUCCAAACUGCCUAUGGAGCAAACGGUGGAGUUCAGUGUCACUCUCAACAACCAGGAAUAUACAUCAGAACUGAAUAACCCAGCUUCUCCUCAGUAUCAGAAACUAGCAGCAAAAUAUCAGCUCCAGAUGCAAAAGAUAUUUGAGAAACUUGCAGGUUUCAAAGAAAUCCGUGUCUUAGGAUUUAGACAGAAGAAGGAAAAAGAUGGGACAAGCAGCACUGUGGCACAGUAUGUUCUCAACUUUGAAAGAGAUGUUUCAGAAGUUAAAGGUCCUGUGACAAUUGACACCAAAAAAAUUGAAAGUGAGAAGAGCACUCUUAGUGCAGAGAAGGAGAUACCUGCACUUAUACCGAAAGUAACAGACCUUCAGCAGAUGGUUGCCAUGGUCCUACAGGAAGAUAAAUCAUUAUCCAUGGACUUUGAAACACUCCAGUUUAAGGAUGAAAUCAUUAGGCCAUCUAGUAACAUAAAUAAUGAUAUACAAUCAAUGGUAACAGAUGCUCUGGCUGGACAUGAAUUGGUGAAAACUGAUGGUCAGAAGAGCGAAGAUGAAAAGGCAAAAUACCUGAUUUCCAGCAUCCUCUCCACGCAAGUCCCAGGAGAUGAAAAGAUUACAGACCAACCAGAAUCUUCGGGGGAUGAAGUUUUGCCACCCUUGAGCAUGAUACCAUCUGUCAUUCAUACCUCCAGUCUUCCAGGAGACGAUAUUUUGGGGCCUACAGAUCAAUUCAUUUUAUUGCCAGCAGAUGCCUCCAGUGGCCCUUCCCUUGUCAUGGGCCAAUCUUUUGAAGCAACAAGUUCCAUGUGGGCAGCUGCAACUGGUUUUGAAAUGGGAGUGCAGGACCUUGCCAUUGACUUAGCUAUCACUGACAUGAUGGCCCCAGUGGCAGUGGAGAAGGAGGGAAGUGGCUACAAUGCAUUGCCAGGAACCCCAGGUAUGACUCCAGCUCCUUCCCUGAAGUAUAUAACCACAAGCUCCAUGACAACCACAAUCCAAGGCCAAGAGCUGGUGGUGUUCUUCAGCUUGAGGGUGACCAACAUGCGCUUUUCCAAUGACCUCUUCAAUCAGAGUUCCCCUGAGUACAAAGCACUUGAACAACAAUUCAUACAGCUGCUGCUUCCCUACCUACAGUCCAAUCUUACAGGAUUUAAGCAGUUGGAAAUACUGAAUUUCCGCAAUGGAAGCGUGAUUGUAAAUAGCAAAAUGAAGUUUGCCAAGUCAGUGCCGUACAACAUCACAAAGGCUGUUCAUUGUGUGUUGGAAGAUUUCUGUGAUGCAGCAGCUCAGCGUCUUAACCUGGAAAUCGACAGCUAUUCUCUUGAAAUAGAGCCAGCUGAUCAAGCGGACCCUUGCAAGUUCUUGGCAUGUGAUGAAUUCUCACAGUGCCUAAAGAAUGACUGGACAAAAGAGGCAAUUUGUCUUUGUAAACCUGGUUAUGUAAGAACAGAUGGUCCGCUUUGCCGUAGCAUGUGUGAGAUGGAGCCACAGCUGUGUGUUAAUGGUGGCAAAUGUGAAUUGGUUCCAGGAAGAGGUGCAGUGUGUAGGUAA